CGAAACCGAACAACAUUAAUUCUGAAGAGCUUACACUAAUCACCAAAUAAAACAACAACGAAAGAAUUAACCACACUAUUUUCACUAACAACCUCGAUUCAACUUGAAGUUAGAGAUCGAAGGCAGCUCAGGCCUACACGAGAGUCACAAUCGAUCGCAGGAUCGAAUCUCAGCAAACGAAGACCCUCUACGCACGCGUAAUCGAAUCUACAGCCGCAUAGUGAACGACGACGUGUUCGCCUGCGGCGCUGAAAUGAAGGACAUGACAUCCUAAAGUGACCACUUAAUGGAAGUACGCGCUCACGGAAGCUGCAAAUCUAGAUUUCUGCGUCGGAGUCUGAUUCAUGGAGUCUACAUUGGCUGAGUCUUUGAGGAUAUUGCAGAUAAGUGAAGAUGGCGAGUGCAGAAAUGGAUGAGGGAUGAAGCAGCAGCUGCAGAAACAACCGGAGAUGGAGUCGGAGAAGGGGGAGAACAGUUCCGGGUGGAGGCAGGAAAUGGAUCCGGAGAUGAAGCUUGCCAAAGAGGAGGAGAUGGAGCAUGCACUGGCUCAACCAGAUUUGUUGCCGAGUUCUGCCUGCGGUGUUUCGUAUCACAGGCUCCCGACCGUGUCGAUCAUGGAGAGUAUGAGUUCGAGAAACGUGUUGCGAUUCAAGCUUGAGAACACUGACGUGAGCAUGGCCAACUCGCUGCGCCGCUGCAUGAUGGUUGAAGUGCCCACAUUGGCUUUCGACUUGGUGGAGAUUGAGAUGAAUUCCUCCGUCCUGACUGAUGAGUUUAUCGCUCAUCGUCUUGGACUUAUUCCGCUCACCAGCGACCGGGCCAUGGAGAUGGUGUUUCCCAGCGAAUGUGACUCAUGUCCGGGUGACCGCAGGUUUGCGAAAUCGUCGGUUUCGGACUUUCUAAGUUUAAGAAAAUUGCAAUGAAAAUGUUGUACUCUAGCUUUCAUAUUCAUAAUAUUUUUGUUUUUAUUUUCUCUGGUGAGUGAUAUUUUGGAGGAUUAUCCUAAUGAUCAGAAGCGAAUUCAUGUCGCUUGCGUCACUCGUGCGUUCUGCAGUUGUCAGAAUUGCACUGUUGAGUUCUUGUUAAGCGUCAAGGCGACCGAAGAUCGCAUCAAGGAUGUCACCCAGCGCGACUUGAAAUCUUCGAACGAUGCCGUGGUACCUGUUGAAAUUGACGUGGACAAGCAA